AUGGCGAGCGGAUACCACCACCAAGAGCUCGCUCCAGCAGGAUGCAGCCACGCCAUCUUUGUCAACCUCAACUACCACAGUCCGGCACCCUCCACAUCCCAGCAGACAUAUCAGCACCGAGGACGCCUUCAGACUCAACUCGUCACAACACGCGAUGAUCUGCUCACCAUCUACGAUGUCUACGAGCGCUCGCAAAGCCCCACUGCCGCUUCGUCCGCUCUCAGCAUAGUCAAUGGUAACGGCUUAGCAUCGAGCUCGUCUGCUCCCUUGACUGCCUCGCACAGGCUCGUCGUCGUCCGCAAGCAUGACCUCUUCGGUUCCGUCACAGGAUUGCAACGUGUUCAGACCCUCGCCAGCGACAAGGACCGCCGCGACCGCUUGCUAGUCUCCUUCAAAGACGCCAAGCUCGCACUCUUGGAAUGGAACGACAUCACCGACGAUCUCGAGACCGUCUCCAUCCAUACCUACGAACGUGCUCCACAGCUUCUCAAUGGCACGCCGCAUCUUUUCCAGCCUCUUCUCAGAGUCGAUCCCUUGUCACGAUGCGCCGCCUUGCUUCUUCCGCACGACUCACUCGCCAUCCUUCCAUUUUACCGCGACGAGGCCGAUUUUGACUUUGAUCUCGACGACGAUCUCGGGAUCGCCAAGGACGACGCAGCUGCCGUAGCUGCUGCUGCCGCCGCUGGUGAUAUGCAGAGUCUGCCGUACUCGCCGUCGUUCGUGCUCACCAUGCGCGAAGUCGACCCAAAGAUCCGCAACCUCAAGCACUUUUGCUUCCUCCCGGGUUUCCAGAAGCCCACUGUGGCGGUGCUCUUCUCGCACACCCCGACUUGGACCGGCAUGUUGGCCGAGCGCAAGGACUCGUUUUCCGUCUAUCUCUUCACCCUCGAUCUAUCCGCAUCUCUCGACGGUACAACGUUGAGCUCCGCUGCCGAUGCUUUCGACGACGGCACGAUCCGAUCUGCCCAUCCCGUCGUCACCACCAGCUCGGCUCUGCCUCAUGACUGCCUAUACAUGGUCCCGUGCCCGCAGACACUCGGAGGUGUCGUUGUGGUCUGCAUGUCUUCCGUACUCCACGUGGACCAGAGCGGGAGGGUCGUGGUCACAGCCCUCAACCAGUGGUUCCAGGUCACUUCGGCGAUCGAGCCCGAGUCUGUCCUCGAAGCCAGCGGCAUUGCUGACCUGCAAGGCUCUCAGCUCGUAUUCACUUCAGAGACACAGGGUGUCCUUACCCUGGUAGACGGUGACAUGUACCGCUUCCGCUGUCAGAUGGACGGGCGCAGCGUUGAAGGUUUCCGUCUCGAACGCAUGCAAGAGUCAUCUGUCGCUUCUCAGGAACUCACCGCAGCGACGGCUCCACCACCCUCCUGUCUCGCCGUCACGUUGCGCGCUGACAACUCGACGUUGAACGCACGCACGGAUACUUCUGCUGGGCUUCUCUUCAAUGCAUCGAUGGCAGGCGAUUCAGCAAUGUACAGUCUCAUCCCCGUCAAGAAACCUCUAGCGAAGAACGGCACAGACGAGGCGGACGACGAUCUGUUCAAAGCAGAAGCCGCACCCACUUCCAACAACCACAUGGACCUCGACCUCGAUGACGACCUGUACGGCACCUCGGACGCGGUCGGCAGCGCAGGCGCAAAGGCAAAGACCGCGGCCAAGGAUCAGACUGUCAUCGCUGUACGCAAGGUGGAUGAGAUCCGCUCGUACGGAGGUCUGCACAGCAUCGCCCGACGCAAGCUCGCAGCUGAUGAGCCGGGGUCUUCGAAACGCCAUGGGUUGGUUGGAGCUUGCGGAUCGGGGAAUCAGGCGGGUCUCGUGUAUCUGGAUCCGAGGUUCGUGCCGGAGGCGCGCACAGAGCUUGUUCCGGCGACGAUGUCGGACGAAGAGCAAGAGGAUAACACGCCGGUGUUCUCCAAGGUGUUUGUCGUUGGUAGAGGGUCUGGUGGAGACGUACGUAUGAUCUCCUCGCGUGAGGAGGACAAUUCGUCGAUCGGCUUUUCGACUUCAGCGCAGGUUCGCAGCACAGACGCGACUCAGCAUCGAGCAUCGUGGACCGAGAUCAAGCACUUUACGGAUGGCACGACGAUCUGUGCCGGCGCGCUCGCUGGAAGCGGCGUCGUGGCACGCGUGACCGCGACCAGUCUGCAGGUCUUGUCGCUGGACGCCUUCGACGUGCUGAACGAGACGGUGGUCAUUGAGCCGGGUCAGGGCAGGAUUCUCUACGCCAGUCUGGAUGCGGAACAGUACGCGGUGGUGCACACGUCGGACGGUGCGACGCUGCUGUACGGAUACGACGCUUCAGGGCGAAAGUUUGAAUCGAUCGAUGUGUCGGGCGCUUUUGGUGGGUCUUCUACGAUUCUCUCAGCGAACGUUUUCAGAGAUGUGUACGGUCAUUUGCAGCGUGCGCGUCGAACGAGCACGGACGGGGAUGCGUCUGCGAAGGCUACACUAGAAGCUGCCGUUGCUGCACCACGCGCUAUCACGACCUUGCCCGACGACGAAGAAGUCGAUUAUGGUGAGGACGACGACAACACACCACCCUCCACCCACGCCGCCAACAGCGACAGCAAGCACGCGAACGGGUCCACGAUCGACUUGCCACCAGCGUAUCUCUUCGCACUCGACUCCGAAGGAACGAUACGCAUCCACUCGCUGCCCGAGCUCGGACUCGUCUGGCAGAACUCCAGUCUGGCAGCACAACCGCAGCGGCUGCGGUACGAACAACGUGGGCACGCCGAGCUCGCACCGGAGCAGAAGGCGGUGCUGACCAUGGCGGUGGCGCAGCACAUCGGGGACAUGCUCUGUGUGGUCUCGGUGACGGCGGAUCAUUUUGUGUCUGUUUGGAGGAGCAAUCCGUGGGGGGCGGAUGAAGAGGAGGGGUGCGGAUUGACGUUGAACAAGGUGUUGGUCAAGGUGUUGGCUGCGCCGGGCGGAGGGAGGGUAUUUGAUGGAGGAGAGGAGGGUGCGAGUGGGUUUCGGUCCGGCGUUGUGCAGCUGGAACCGUUCACGAUUCAGGCGAGGGGAGGGGAUGUGAUGGGGAGCAAUGCGAUCGCUGUGUUGGGUGGAGGUCGGGAGGUACCGGCGAGCGUAUUGUGCUGGACGGAGAAGAGCGGUUUCCGACUGCUAGAUUGGCCGGAGGGAGAUCUUUCCUGUCUCUCCACCAUCUCACACCACCCCGAGCAAGUGAACUCGAACGAAGCAGACUACGUCUACACCGAUCGCCGCGGUCAUCUCUACCUCGCACACCACCCGCGCAACCUCCACUCCUCAACUAGCUGGCCUUGCACCGUCGUCCGCACAGGUCGAUCCUACACGCACGUCGUAUCGCACUCUCCGACGUCGUCGAUCAUCGCCUCUUCCCUCUCACCGUGUCGCUUCGUGCUCUUCGACGAAGACGGCGAGCCGAUUCCUGACGGUUCGCCUGCGACGGUUGGAGGGGAUGUAUCGUAUCGCGGGUCGAUCGAGUUGUUCAUCGAAGGCGAGGUGGUGGAUGGGUAUGAGUUCGAGGCGAACGAGACGGUGAGUGCGUUGCGCAGCGUGAUACUCGAUUCGCCGAGCACGACCUCUGGACGCAAAGAGUUCAUCGCGGUUGGAACGACCACGUUCCACGGGGAGGAUCGAACGGCGAAAGGAUCGGUGUACCUGUUCGAGGUGAUCGAAGUCGUCGGUGGCGGGUGGAGGGUGAAGCUGGUGUGUAGGGACGAUUCCAGGGCACCGGUGACGGCGAUAUCGAGUGUCAAUGGGUAUUUGAUGUCGACGUGUGGACAAAAGCUCUUCGUUCGGGCGUUGGAGAAGGAAGAGUGGUUGAUCAGUAUAGCCUUUCUGGACUGUCCCUUCUACAUCACCGAUGUGAAGGUCGUCAAGAACCUGGUCAUCCUCAGCGACGCUAAGCGAGGCUUAGGAGUGUGGGUGUUCCAGGAAGAGCCGUUCAAAUUCAUCGAGCUGGCUCGGGGAGAGGAUGGAUACGUCGGGUUGGGAGAGGUGUUGGUACGGGAGGAGAAGGUAUCGUUCGUCGAGUUGAGCGGGAGCAAGCUCGGUGGAGGCGUAGAGAUGGAUGGAGGAGGAGGGGUGGUGAGGCUGUACGAGUAUCAGCCGGAGAGCGCUGCGGGGGGGCAGAGGUUGGUGCUCAAGUGCGAGUAUGCGACGACGGCAGAGGCUACGAGCUCGACGAGUCUAGCGGGUAGGUGGUUGUCGGAUUCAGAGUUGCGAGGGAGGGAGACGUUGAGGAACAAGCUGUUGAUGAGCAAGGCGAACGGUGCGGUGGAAUCAAUCGCCGCGGUGGACGACCAGGUAAGCAAGAGGUUGCACCUGUUGCAGGGUCAGUUGGCGAGGUCGGUGCUGCACGUCGCUGCGUUGAAUCCGAGGAGCUUCAGAGCGGUCAGGAACGACAACGUAGCAAGGGCACUGGUCCGAGGUGUACUCGAUGCAAGGUUGUUGGCCAAGUUCGAAGAGAUGAGCCGACCGAAGAUGGGGGAAGUAGUCAAGAGGUUGGUGGGUAUGUGGGAUGGACUGGACGACGUUUCGAAGAAGAACCGCGGGGAUGGGAAGAAGCGCAAGGUGGAGGAGGUGGAUGGUGACGACGAGAAACGAGAGGAAGAAGGAGGGAGUGGUGGACAGGAUCGGGAGGAAGAGCAAGAGGAAGAGGAAGAAGAGGAUCUUGGCAAGUUGGAGCGUCUUCGAUUGCAGUCGGAGCAGAAGCGGGUGCAGUUGGUGUUGAAGGAUCUGUCGAGGUUGAGGUUGGGCUUUGAACAGGUGUAG